AUGAAUUCCAUUGUGCUGCUUUUCGUGCUCCUGAAAAGCCUCAUCCACUACCCACAGCUCGUGGGUGAUUCCUGGGAUGAGGCAACACGUUUCCGCAUGGAAGUGCGGGCAAAGCAGCUGGAAUGGGAGAGGAUUCAGCAGGAACUGGAGGCGGAGCAGCUCACCCCAAAGCAGGUGCAGCUCUUGCAGCUCUUAGCUGUUGCUGUGCUCCUGGUUCUUGUCUUGAUCCUGUGGUUGAUGGGGUGCAAAAGGAGCCUGAGAAGAGAAGGCCAUGAAGAAGAGAACAAUGGUGCAAAUGAAGAGGAAGCUAGAAAUGGGGAUGCAAAUGAAGACGCAGGUGUUGGAAAUGCCGAAGAAGAUGAUGCCAAUCAGGAGGAAGACGGCAACGAUGAUGGCAAUGGACAGGAAGACGGCCAUGUUGCUGCAAAUGGAGAAGAUAAUAUUGAAAAUGUCAAUGAGGCUGCAAAUGCAGAAAACAAUGAUCUUGCACUUGCAGUCUAUGAGGCAGGCACUGUUUUUGAUGAUAACAUUGGUAGAGUUCUCAUGGAACGCAUACAGUGGCCGGUCCAGGAGCUGCAGGCAGGCUGCGAGUGGACACAGAACCUGAUGGACAAUUACGCACUUUACUUUGGACACAUCUUAUCAAACAGCUUCUACCCAGGCCUGCAACGAGCCAUCGGGGUGGGCAGUGCCUUCGAAGGUUGGAGUCCACGUGAGCAGGAUGUUGUGUACAAGGUGCUCAUUCCCAUGACUCCUCCCCGAGGCCACAGCUUCCACCUGGAGCUGGACUCUGCAGAGGAGAGGCACGAGGAGCUGAGGAGCAAUCAGGAUCCCAGCCUCCUGGACACCCUGUGCACCGACUCCUACCUGGAUGUGCAGAAAACUGCCCGCUGGUUCUACCAGCUGGUGACCAAUGGCAGAGAAAGCUUCAGGAUUGAGAUGCUGUUUGGGGUGCGCAGAGGUGACUCAGACAUCUUUGUGAGCAGCCAGCCUAGAGAGGCUCACACCCAAAGCACAGCCUGGCCUGAGACCUAUGCUGUGGCAGAGGCUAAGUUCUUCAAGCACAUCGCCAAGCAGGCUCCCCGGGACAGUUUGCACCUCAAAUGCCUGCAGUUCUUCACCCGUCUUCUCCUGGGCUUCACCUUUUCCACCUACGCCAUGAAGACCAUUGUCAUGCACAUGCUCAAUGUGGGGCCCGUGUCACAGUGGCGCAGGAGACAUUUCCUGAACCGACUGCUGGAUAUCAGCAGGUGCCUGCGCGUAUCUGUGCUGGUAAAACGCGUCAACCAUUUCAUUGUGGGCAACCAGAGGCUGCCUCAUUACAUCCAUUUGCCCCCAGACAUUCAAGCUGCUCCGCCAUACAAUCUCUUCCAUCAGCUGGCAGAGGAACCGGCCGCCCAUACCCAGGCGACAUAUGAGUGCCGGAUUCUGCUAAAGCGGUUCAAAAGAAUCCUUCUUGGUGAGCAGUGA